AUGAAUCUCCAAGAAUACGAGGGGUGGGUGCGCGGACGAACGGGAAACAGCACCUCCGCGAAGCCAGGCUCAGACGACUAUCUCCCUGACGUUCCCCCCUUCCGAGGUUCCAUAGUUUCGGAGAACAAUUCGGACAUUGUGGAAGAGUCCCUUGCAUCAAACGACUCUAUGGCUCUGAAGGGUCAGGUAUGGCCUGGCAUGGGGAAAUUAGACCUCGCAACCGAUGAUGUGAGGCGAACCCGGAACCAACGAAAGCCAAAAUGGGUCGUUGAGAAAAUGAGGAAGGCCUCUGAGAGAAUAGAGCCAAACCAGGUCAUCAUGAGCCCUCAGCUGGUUGUUGAGCGCGUUAAGUGUGUAUACGAUGAGGAGUUAUCCGUAUCUGAAGAAGACCAGUCUCCUAGGAAGAGCGCCCGGCAGAAGCGCAAGAAGCCACAGCCCCUGGCUGAAAUCUCCGGCAAUGUUCCUCGCGAGACAAAGGAGAAAAGACCGAAAGGUCGUUCCUGGUCAACAGUCAAAUCUGAGAAGAAGGACACUCGGAGAGGACAGGAGCAAAAGGCACCCUCGAAGACGCCCCGGUCAGCAAACAGCGAUCUCCGCGGCGGUGAACAAGAAGACGGCAAGUAUCCUACCUACACACUGAACCCAAUAUCCCAUUCAGCUCUGUCUACGCCUACCCAUGUGUCCGACGGGAUACCUCUUGGGACUCUCCCGGAAAGAGAUGAGCCCGGAAGCCUCGCAGUACCCUCGUUUUUCGGGCAUAGCAGCAAUUCUUCGCUAGGUCCAUAUCCGGAGAUCGAUACAGGCUAUGAGAUUGACGAUGCCAAUUUUUUCCCACACAGCAUCCAGCCUGACGCAUCGGGAUUCAUCCCCACCGAGGACGUUGAACAUGUUCACUACCAACCACCUGUCAGCCACCAAGCACCCCCAAGGCGAAACGAAUACACCCGUGAGAUCAACGAAGUCUCCCUGGGGGAGUUGAACUCGAGCCUUUUCUUCGACCUGGCUAAUACGAGCAGCAAUCCGCUUCUUUCCCAUGGCAGGUCUUGGUCCAACUCCUACAACCCGGCAGCGUAUCAUCAACCAGUUUCGCCUCCAGGAAUCUCCCAGGCUAAUAGAAGCUUUGACUGCGGCUUCCCCAUGAUAUAUGAUGCACAGCCAAGAGACCGUCCAUUGUAUAAAGUCAAGACGGAACCCAAGGCAUGCAGCACUGCGGAGAGACACACAACAUUGGGGGAAAGGAGCCCCAACUUCAGCUCACAUUCCUUCUGGCCUCCGCAGCACUGCGAGAAUAACCCUGCAUCUCACAAAGACCCAAACCCAGAGACUUUCGCUCUGUAG